AUGGUAAUCUCUUUCCUUCUGUGUCGACCACCGUUUGUUACCUUUCUCUUCUUCCUCUCUACACUCUUUCUGUUUGUCUGUGUCAGCUGGCAAAACCCUGUCGAGGACAACAAAGACUUUUUUCUCUUUGUUUCCAUAUCUAUUUUUCUUCUCUCUCUCUCUAUUUUAUUUGUAUCAGAUUCUUCUUUUCUCUUUGUUUCCCUAUCUUUUCUCUCUUUGCUUCUCUAUUUACUCUUCUUUUAUCUUUGUUUCUCUAUCUUCUCCAUUUCUACUUUUAUUUUUAUUUUCCUUCCUUCUCACUCUCUCUCCCACUUUCUAUUUUUUUUGUCUCUCUAUGCUGAACAGACUCUUUUUUUCUUCUUGUUUCUCCCUCUAUCUUUGUCAAUUUCUCACCCUUCCCUCUCUCUUUCUUUAUUUGAUUUCAAUCUCUGUGCCUUGCAAACUCCCUUUCUUUUUGUUUACCUCUCGAUUUUGGCUUCUCCCUCUCUCUACUCUUUAGUUCUCUGUGACUAUUAA